AUGCGCCCCGCCCCCGCGCGCGCGCGCGCGCCCGUCGCGCGUGGACGACCGAGACGACGCGCGCGCGUCCGAGCGCGCGCGCGUUCGACGCCUUCGCGCGCGCGCGCGAGCGACGCGACGGAUCGACGAGUCGCGGUGUCGUUAGGUUUCCUCGGCGCGCUCGCGGUCGCGUCGACGCCGCGCGCGGACGCUUGGGCGACCGAGGCGCUUGGCGGCGACGCGCUCGCGUCGACGUCCGCGCGCGCGCUCGAGCGCGGGCGCUUUCGCCUGUCGGAGACGCCCGAGCACUACGAAGAGGUUGACGUGGGAGGGUCGGCGUCCGCGGAGGCGUUCUUGCGGGACGCGCGGUUCGGAUUAGCGGCGAACACGAUCUCGGUGACGUCCAAGACCGCGACCGGGGGUGGACCGAUGACGCUGCGAGACAUCGGCGCGGUCGAGGACGUGGCGACGCGGUUGGUGGACGGGGAGAACGCCGCGUCGAGGGGACGCGCCCGGGCGACGCUUCGCGAGCGCUUCGCGCGAGAGAAGAAGGGUGUCGAGUACUACGACGUCGUCCUCGAGAAGGACGUCCUGGGCGUUCGACGCGUGAUUCAAAUCACGCUCGCGUUGCGCGUCGAUCGAGACACCGGGGCGAGCACGCUGUACACGGUGCGCGUCGAGACGGAUCGGGCGCGAUACGACGCGAACGAACGCGCCUACCGCGCCGUCGCCGACGGUUUUGAAAUAUUCUAG